AUGGUUUCCGUUGAUUCCAAGAUCAUCAUUGUCGGCGGCGGCGUUUUCGGCCUCAGCACCGCUUUGUGGCUUGCCCGUGGCGGAUACAAGAACAUUACUGUUUUUGACCGAUGCGCUUUUGACGAAAACCAUUAUGAUCCAUCGAAGGGCUGUGAUGGCGCUUCUGCUGACCUCAACAAAGUCUUUCGCAUGGCAUAUGGAGAUAAUUUGAACUAUCAAAACCUGGCACUCGAAGCCCGGAAUCUUUGGCUAGCAUGGAACCGUGAUAUCAAGAAGAGCAAGGCUUCUGAGCUGCCCGGUUCUCUUACCCCUGAAGAUCAACUUCUCUGCAUAUGCGGCUCGUAUCUUCUGUCAGAAGGCCGGGAAAUGCGAGACUACUAUGCAGAGAGCUUGAAAUUGAUGGAAAAGACCGCACCUGAACAACGGAAAAUGCAGUUCAUCAAGGGUGAGACUGAGGACGAGGAACGUUUGAAGAAAAUUAGCCCAAAAUGGGUUGAGAAAUACCACAUUAUCGAUAAGAUCAACGAUGGCAACACGAAAGGCUUCAUCGACAUCAAUGCUGGUAUCAUGUAUGCCGACAAGGUGAAUACUGAAAUUCUCACAAUGGGCGAUCCUGCAGGCAAGCUAGAAACCUUGAUAAUCGAAAAGCGCGGCACAACGAAGAGGGUUUCCGGUAUUCAGACGUGCGAUGGUCGUAGUCAUUAUGGCGACCUGGUGAUAGUUGCUGCUGGUGGCUGGACCACGUCAAUACUCCCUGAAGCCCAUCGUACAGUAGAAGCAACGGCGGGGACUGUCAUGUUCAUGGAUGUUCCUAAGCAUAGGAAAGACUUGUGGGAAAAGUUCCAUCCUGACAACUGUCCUGUGUGGUCGUAUCUUAUUACCAAGGAUACGGAUUUCCUAUUACCAAAGAUGGACGACUAA